CAACAGUGUGAUAUUCUAUAUCUCUCUCUCUCAGACAGAACAGCUAAAUAAUUGUUAAUUAUUUUUAAUAAUAUCACUUUAAACUACAAGGGUUUAAAGAUAUAAUUAUAUAGAGUUACUUAAUUAAUGCCCUAAAUAAGUUAUGAGGCCAACUUGCACUAAAAUUGAAUUGCUCAGCUGUGUUAGCUGAUUUGUUAGAUGUAUGGUUUUGCAUGGCAAUUAAAAGUCAAUAAAUGCCAAUAAAACCGAGAUGAUUUGAGAUGAAAUUCUGUAUGUCUGACAUGAGCAUUUAAUCAUUGAAUAGUAUUUUUCAAAUUAUGUUUCUGAUUAAGCAACUUCUCAGAGUUUGAUAAAAACUUUAAGAAGCAUGCAUUUAGUUUUCCAAUAUUGAGAAAAAAGCAAUAUCCCAUUUAUAUUUUUCAUAUCAAUUAAAUUUCAAGCCAAAUGACAAAUUGUUGUGGGACACUUAAUUGAUAUGAAAGGUCAAGAACUCUGAUUAUUGUAGAGACAAUGCAUUAAUUCGCAUGGUAGUAAAUGAUUCCUUGCAUGUCAAAACAAAAUAAAAAUCCCGAUGCUCCACUGAUGCGAACACUACAGCAUUGUCUUUUUAAAAGCAUCGUGGGAAUAUAAAUCGUGUAGGAUUCUACAUCUGUAGUCUGAAAUUGAUUUUGUUGUAAUAAAUUUCUUUCCUUGGGUUGAGGUAGAGAAUUGUCAAUUCUUGUGCAGAUUAGCAUUAUUACGGUAAUUAAAAUUGGCCUACUUGGAAGGGGCAGAUAGCUGCGUACUUGUUGUACAAGCAGUAUUGGACUAAGAUGGAGAACAUUAAGGCAUGUUGUAGAUCCUCUAAUGCCCGAUUAUUGUGGCUGUGUGUGGGAUUUGUGCUCUAUCUGUGCUUCGGAGCUUUAGUGUUUAUUGAGCUCGAGUCUAACAUAGAGAAGGAUCUCCAGAGUGACUUUAUUAAGAGGAAAUUACAAUUUUUGUCUGCUCAUUCAUGCAUAUCAGAUGACAAAUUGGAGAAGUUCAUUGCUAGUAUUGUGGUGGCCACUAAUAGAGGAGUGUCUGCAACAAAAAAUGUCACAAUGGCGGAGCCCAACUGGACCUUUGGACAGUCCAUCUUCUUUGCUGGAACCCUCCUGACAACAAUAGGAUAUGGUCGAGUGGCGCCCCUGUCAGAAGCGGGGAAGGGCUUCUGUCUCCUGUAUGCCAUGAUUGGCAUUCCCCUUACCCUGAUCUUCUUCACCGCCAUUGUGGAGCGAAUGAUGAUACCCACCAAGAUGUUCCUCUACUUCCUAUUCCGCAAACUCGGCCAUUUGUACCGAGUAUUCCAUAUACAAUUGCUGCAUUUCUUCAUACUGCUCAUAGCCACUGUUCUGAUAAUUUUCGUCGUUCCUGCCGCCAUUUACUCUGCGCUUGAGCCGAAGUGGGAUUUCCUAGAUUCCUUUUAUUACUGUUUCAUCUCCAUGACAACCAUUGGUCUGGGGGACUACAUUCCAGGGGACAAUCCUGACCAGAAGGCGAGAGCGGUGUAUAAGCUAGCCACCACAGUGUACCUGUUUUUGGGCCUGCUGGUGAUGAUGCUGCUACUGGCCGUCUUGUACGACAUCCCAGAACUCAACCUCGGCUUCCAUUUCUACCUGAAGAGCGAUGAAGAGGAGGAGGAGAGGGCCAGGCUGAGGAGUGGGGGGGAGGGGAGUGGACCCAAAUACACCAAACAGCGGGACGAGGACCCCCAGAAACAGACCGGAGGGAGUCAGAUGUACCAGCCCACCCAGGAAGAUGUAGCUGCUGCCACGGGCCACUAGAUGCUGAAAGAGAUAGGAUUUAAACCUCCUUGAUCAGAGUACAAAGUAGUAUUGUAUCAUUGGCCACUACAUAAUGCUAGAGUUAUGAUUGAAGCCUCCUUUAUUAGAAGUUGUAGAUGAAGUAGUGUAAACCAACUUUUAUUUGUGCAUAUGAAAUACUGUAUUUGGAAUUUUACAGAUCAGAAAAACAUGUACAUGUAUCUGUUUUGCAAACCACAAAUGUAAAUUGCUGCAUGUAUUAAAUUGUCAUAGUGAAAUACUUUACUUGACAUUGAUUUUUGCAAUUUUGAAGUUGUUGCUAGAAAAAGUUGGUUUACAGUGACCAAAUUUUAGAUCCCAGGAAAUUUUAGAUAGAAUUUUUAGACCCAAAAAUGAUAAAUGAAUGAAGGACUGUUAGUCCAUGAUUUCUUUUGGUGAAACUUAACUAGAUUUACUUUUAAUGGCCAGUGUUUGCAUUGCCUAUAAAAAAUGACUCAAAGGUAUUCAGAAGUGCAGAAAAUAUUUUGUAUGUAAAGAGCUUAGAACAAACCUUAGAAAAUAUACACCAACUAUGUGAUAAACGUCCUUUAAAUCUGCAAAUAGAGAAAUAUUUUGUUUUUGUGAAAUUAAUGUGCUAUUUAUUGUUUGAUACUGAUUGUAUACUGUCUUGGUCUGUUGGUUAGAUUCAUUUUAAAAUGAUGAAUAUAUAUAUUUAGGAUUGUCUGGCCAGUUCAUGAUCUGUCUAUCAUCUAUAUUUCUUGUUUUUGUUAUGAAGUGUUGAAGUAUCUUGUUAGUCAUAGUGUAUGUUCUAAGGAGAAAAUUUUGAGUUUGCAUGUACCAAUAUAGUGUUCCAACUUCUACUGAAUGGAAGGAAAAAAGCUUGAUAGUGCAAUAUAAUUAGUAUAGUUAAACAAUGUCAAAGUCAUUAACGUCAGAAUUAAUUUUUCAAGGUCUAAGAUUCAAGCAAUACAACUUGCCAUUUCUUCUUAACCAAGUACAUGUAAAAGGUUUGGUGUCAUCUCCCUUGCAUUGGAAGCUAAAUUUAUUUACCGUAAAUAGGAUUAUUACCUGGCGUAUAUUUUGGAAUGAAGUGAACAUUUAGACAUACAUAUUUUGGAAUGAAGUGAACAUUUAGACAGUUGUUAAAACAAUUUCAUGACAUUACACAUAUAAUUACAUUCAUUUGCUUACCUCUGAUCAAAUAACAUUUUCCACUUGCUUCCCUACCUUGCUAGUGCUAGCAGGUAAUUUUCAAUUCCUUUCCAAUUUUCAAUUCCUUUCCAAUCUGACUUAUGUAUACAUACUGAAAUGUGAUUAUUUUUCAUUAAAAUGUGUAAUUUUAAGUAAUGUAUUGUAAGUGAAUUGAGAUGAGAUUCAUAAUAUUGGUGAAGUGUUUAUACCUGUUCUAGAAUUUACUUUUGGAGUAAAACUUAGUCCCCUUUCCCACCAGUGUAACCGCAGAAAAAAUAUAUUUAGGAAUUUUUUUGAUAGGCAUUAUUAUCUUUGAAGAAAGUUUUUAUUGUUGAAUAUUUAGGUACAUGUAGUUGUUUUACAUGUUCAUGUGUACAUUUUAUAACUGUUUUGGUUUUCCUUUUAAAACUGUUGCCAUUAUGAAUAGUGUUUUUUAUAUAUGUUGUUUAUAUUUGAAUUUGAUAGUGCAAUACAUGUGUAUUAUAUGAUCUGAUUUAGGUUUUUUUUAAUUUGUUGAUGAUUUUUGACAACUAAUUAAUGUUUGUUUGUGUGUGAAUGAUGUAGUGUAUUUAUUUUUUGUUGUUGUAUUGAUAGAAAAUUUACAUGUAGGGUAUGUGGAAAUUGUGAGUGAAAUUAUUUUUAUUGUUUUAUUAAUAACAUGCUUUUAUUCUCUUACUGAUAUUUAAAAAGGUGCAAAAUGUAGCAACAGUCUGAAGGUCCUCCAAGUUUAAACAAUUUAUUUAGCUUUAAAUCUUUUCUCCCAAUUUUAAAUUGCCAAUUUCACAACACAUACAUGCACAAGUAGAUUUACUCAUCUGUGCUUGUUUGCUUACCCACAAUAUUUCACAAAAAAAUGGCCUUUGAUAGACACAAGACAUUUUCAAUGUGGCACCGUAUAUUAAUGCAAUAGUUCACAAUAGUUCAUUUUAUCAGGUGAACUAUAUAUAAACAUAAAUUCUUGAAAUUUUCAUCAAUGAAACAUUGUCAGUAUGGAAUGGACAGGAUAUUUUAAUUUUGACACGAAUAUUGAAAUUUAUGUUUAAAUAUUAAAACCCAACAUGAAAAGGUUUUUUGCAGUGUAAACAUGUAAUAAAGUGGAAUUUUUAAGCAGGGAGUGGUAAUUUAAUGCUGGUUUGGAUCUUACAAGUUAGUGAAGGUUUAAUAAUUAAAUUACAUGUACAUGUAGGUACCAUAUGAAAUCUCAAAGAAUAUUUGAAGAAAAUUGUCAUGUUAAUUACUUUUUAUCUUCUCAUUUUUUGUAAGUUGGAUUGCAAAUACAGAGGCAAAUUUUCUUAUGAAAUAUCAGUGGAUGUGCUUGAUGGAAUUCUUAUACCUAUACUGGUAAUAGAGUAUUUAAGAGAAAACCAAAAAUAUUGGAUCUCAUGUGCAUUUAAUUACUGUCAAAAGUCCCGCUUACGUCUCACUUUUACUAUAUAUAUUUAAGUGUAUGACUUACCAGUAAUAUACUUGUAUACGCGAUAAAUUAUUCUGUACAUCACAUAUUUGUCUAUCUUUUUACAUUCCAAUGAAUCUCACUUUCAGUGCAUUGGUGGAAAUGUAUGUGAACAUUUCCUAGAGUUUCAAUGCUAGUGCUUUCAUUGCCUGUAUAAUGACAUAACUAUUGUUAAUAAUUUUACAAGCAAACUUUUCUUUUUUGUUCAUUUCUGAAAUAUUUUAUAUUUUAUUUGUGUGUAGCAUUAAAUUUAAAGUUGAU